UGCUUCCGAAUCUCCAAAUUCAUGAUUUCAAGGUGCAUCGAUGGCGCUGCAAUCCCUGCUGCGGCCCAUCAUCAAUCGAAAGAGGCAUCGGUGUGGAAUCCCCCAACAUAGAGGAACUGGGUUGUUUCACAGCCUCUCGCGCGCCAGCUGUGCACCUUCCAGCUCUGCCUCGUCAGACUUGUCUUUGUCGAAACUAUAAAACCAAGGGCAAGGCCGGGUUUUUAUAGAUCGAGCGGCGGCGUUGGAGCAACGUGAGAUGGCACAAAAGCGGCGAGGCAGGCGCCAUCCCCGAAGCGGCAACGGCGAUACCCCAACAGGCAUGGCACACAAGGCGGGCCAAUGAUCGCGGGGCUCGGCGGGCUGGGCGCCCCGCUAACCGGCAGAAAAGAUACUCCAGUGUUGUAUCUAAUAGAUAGUUAUCAUCUGCCUCAAAACUCGCAGGUUGGUUCUCCUCCUCCCCUCCAAGGUGUUUCACUAUACACACCCUUCUGAUGCGUAAACCGUAAGGGAGCUCUGAUUCCCUCCAGCACCUUCCAGCAAGGUGCUGCUCUCCGCCACACAGCUAUGUCUCUAUGGAGAAUAAGACCGCAAUGGCGGCAACCAAAUGGCAUACUGAGGCUGUUCUCGCACUGCUGCCGGCUGUUUGUGAAGCAAAUGCCACCCCGCCCGAAGCUAGACCCGUCAGAAGUCACCGGCAGCUAUCUGAAGGGAACAGGUCCUGGAGGACAGGCUAUUAACAAAACCAACUCCGCCGUCCAACUUAUCCACAAACCCACCGGCAUCGUCGUCAAAUCCCAGGCGACGCGAUCGCGCACGCAAAACCAGAAGAUCGCCAUGGGCAUCCUUGCAGAGAAAGUGGAGCUGCAGCUCAAGGGCGAGAAAAGUCGGGCGGCUAUCAAGGCUGAGACGAAGAGGAAGAGGAAGGCUAGUAGGGAGAAGAAGGCUAAGAGGAAGUAUAGGAAGUUGGAGGAGGAGAAGAGGAUGAGAGGAUUAGGGGUGGAGGGAGAGAAAGAAGGGGAGAGGGAAGUGGAGGGGAAGGCAGAGGGGGAAGCGGAGGUGGAAAUGGAGUUGACGGAGUCGGAUGCGGUGGAAGAAGGGCGGGGGAAGAGGUGGUCUGAAGAAGGGGUGAUAUUGGAUAAGGAGGGUACGGUAUAGGCGAGCAGAGGGACGGGGAGAGUUCCAAUAACGUUGAGCGCGGGCGCUGAUUUGUGAAGGUUUGGACACAUAUAGAGUUUUGAUAACUGUGCUGUAUUACUAUUUUCUCCCCUUUUCCCGAGAACUACAUGGCGUGGCGUAUGGUACUUAUAGCGCAAUGAGAUCCCACCAAAUGUUCAGAUAUCAUCAACUCAAGAUGUGAUGCAGCAAUCUUGACCUAUUAAGUUACAACAAGCAGAAGUAUAGUUGCCGCGCCGCCCUUAUAGCUCCGUAAUGGUUGAUAUAAACGCCUGCAGCAAAUCGUUCUUCAAAUCCACCCAAUUCUCUAAACCAACACUGAUCCUCAGCAGCCCCCUGUCAACCCUAGGAUCCGACAUUGCACGCCACUCAAUCAAAGAUUCC